AUGCCCAUUGGCAUACAACGCCUCAAUGCGAAAAGGUCACAGCCAAACCCAAAUGUCAUCUUCAUAAAACCGUUAAAGGGCCCAAAUGAAGCUACAGCGCAGGAUUUCCUGGAGCGCAUUGCAGCGCAAUGUGUACCAAUAAUGAAAGAGCAUGGCAUAUCCAUAAUGUCGCUCGAGGAGUACGAGCCGAACCGCGAGUUCUGGGGGCGCAACUUCAACGCGGGCGAGGUCAUCCAGCUCGUGCUCCGAUCCCCGCUCACUGGCCGCUGGCUGCCGUUUGAGCACGUGCAGAUGGUGAUGAUGCACGAGCUGGCGCACUGCAAGCAGAUGAACCACUCGCGCGCCUUUUGGGCCGUGCGAAACCUGUACGCCGACCAGAUGCGUGCCCUCUGGGGCCGCGGUUAUACAGGAGAGGGACUCUGGGGCCGCGGCACGUCGCUCAAGACGGGCGACUGGGAAGCCAACACGGUGCUGCCGGACGAGCCGCUGCCGGAGCACCUGUGCGGCGGCACGUACCGGUCUCGGAGGCGCAAGAGGAAAGGCCCGGAGUUGACGUACCAGCAGAAGAAGGAGCGCAGGAUCCUGAAGAAGUUUGGCAAGGGCGGGGUUGCGCUGGGCGAGGAUGUGGCCGUCAAGGCUGAGCUGGAGAAGGGGAAACGGACAGCCGCGAAGCCAAGGGUUGCUGGGAGCAAGCGUGGAAGGGAGCUGAGGGCUGCGGCUGCGUUGGCACGGUUCGGGCAACAGCAGCAGAGUGGAGAGACGGAGCCGGUGGUGAAGAAGGAGAAGAAACAAACUCAGUUGAAGACUGAGCCAAUCACUGUCAAGGAUGAGGACGAACCUUCCACUGCUUCCGAUCCUGACACUGAAGAUGAUUACGAGGACGAGCCGGGAGAACUGGGACUACCGGAUGCAGUGGACAUUGAUGGCAAAACGACACUUGUGGACAACAAGGGCCAUGGAAUGGUCAAGGUCUGCGAGGAUGAGAAUCCAGAUGAUCAAGAUGCCAGGCAAGAACUGGUAGAGCUGCGGUCGACAUUUAGGGGGAAGGGUGCAAUUGCUGGAUUGUCAAAAGCCAAAACAGAAGAGCCAAUGGUCAUCAAGGAAGAAGACAUUUCUACUGCUUCGGAGCCGGAUACCGAUGGAGAGGGACAAAACACCCCUUUGAAAACAGCAACUUCGCUUAGCAGCGAUCAGUCGAGCAUCAAUGGUGGUAAGAAUCGAAUAUCUAGCAAUCCACCGAAUCGCAAACCAGCUCCUCAGACGAGCAGCGCGUCCCCGGCACUGAAAGCAGAAAGUUCACCAAAUCAUGAUAGGCCUAAAGCCAAGACAUUGAAAUCAUCACAGCAUUCACCGCCUGUUCCCCAGAGGUCCGCUGAUUUGCCAGCCUUGGGGUCGUCAUCCACACCUACCACAGAAGCCAAUGGCCAUGAUCCUACUUCUGCUUGCUCUGUUUGCUCAUUCGCCAACGAGAAAGGAUCGUUUCGAUGUGCGGUGUGCUCGAAUGUACUCGAUCCAGGCCUCGACGCCAGGUCUUGGCGCUGUAGCAGUGAUGCCUGCGCGGGCAGCGCGUACGUCAAUGCCGGUGACUGUGGCGUAUGCGGUGUUUGUGGGCAACGGAAGAGCUCUGGGGUGUAG